AUGCACAAUCACCUUGAUUGUGAUUAUUGUCAGAUAAAAUACUUCAGUGCUAUAGUGGCUUGCUCAAAUGAGUCUGAAGCAAUUGGAAGUGACACUUUUGGCUCUUAUACGGAACAAGAAGAUGAACUUCUUCUUCAAGAACUGGGAAAGAAGACAAAACUGCGUGAUGAAAAUCCUAUCAAUCUCUUUGGCCUGCCAUCUUUUGAUGUCAUUGCUGUUCGGGGCUGUAGUUGGUUCCCAGCUAUAUCCAUCAUUAAAGCUAGAAGUUCUGGUCUACUUGAUAUAUUGAUUGUGCUUUCUAACUCUUUGUAUUCCGCUAAGGAUGAGAAUUCCCAGUUGAAAGCCAUUGAUUUUGGCUUAUUAGAUUUUGCCAAACCAGAUGAGAGGCUUAAUGAUAUUGUUGGAAGCGCAUACUACGUCACCCUUGAGGUUCUACAUAGAACUUAUAGUACAGAGCCUGAUGUUUGGAGUAUAGGUGUAAUAUCAUAUAUUCUUUUAUGUGGUAGUCGCCCAUUUUGGGCACGGACUGAGUCUGGGACUUCUCGGGCGGUGUUGAAAGCUGAUCCCAGUUUUGAUGAAGCACUUUGGCCUUCUUUAUCUCUUGAAGCAAAUUAUGUUGUUAAACGCUUGUUGAACAAGGACCCUCAGAAAUGA